AUGACCUUAGGAGAUGAAUCGGAAGAGGCUUGCCCUGGAGAUGUUUCCAUUGACCCACCAUACGAUGUAAUGGGGGAUCAGCCACAAUUCCUGCAGGAGUUGGCUGGAGAUGUGUACUUGGACAUGGCAAAUGUCAAUAUGGGCCAGCGCCUGGGUGAGGGCGGCUUUGCUGUGGUACACAAGGCAGAACUUAAGACAGAGGAUGGCACACACACUGUGGCCAUCAAAGCCCUCAAGCCGGGUGUGAUUGAGGACAAUGAGGACAUGAAGGAACUAAUACAGGAGGCGAACUUGCUGAGGAAGGUGCAUCACAGGUACAUAGUUGGUUUCUGCGGAGUGGGCAGCUCUGAGACCGAGUCUGUGGAAGCCAUGCGCGGCUCUGUCUUCUUUGCCGAGGAGUUCAUGGCAGGUGGCACCCUGAAGCACCUCAUCAUGAAGCAGAUGAAGCAGAAGCUGCCACGCAGGUACAAGUUGACAGAGGCUUUGCGGUGGUGCAUUCAGAUUGCAGAGGCCCUGUCAUACCUGCACAACAGCACCCCUGUAAUUGUGCACCGGGAUAUGAAGCCCGAGAAUGUGCUGCUGACGACAACAGACACAGAGAUUGCAGAGGCAAAGAUUGCUGAUUUUGGCCUCCACAAGAGGCUAAGCAAGAUUCAUAAGAAGCGCCACAGCAGCCACGCACUCGAUGAAUUAACUGCAAUGCUGCAGAACAUGGAAGCUUCACAGUGUGCAGAGGGUUCCAGCCCAAAGGAGGCCCCAUCGGAUACUGAAAGAGACGGAACGAUUCUUAUUGACAAGCAGCGGCAUGACUCACCUACCACACAAGAGAAGAUGGAUGGUGUGGGUGGUGGAAAGAAUGUUAAGAAGGGGAAGAAUGUUCGCCACAGAAGGAGGAACAUAAAGCUUGAUGGCAGCAUGCUGGGCAUUCUUGGGAGCGUGGCUGGUUCCAGCGUUACAGGAAUGGCAGGGAGCUUAAUGUACAUUGCACCAGAAGUUCUUCAGAACCAAAAAUAUAAUGAAAAGGUUGACGUGUUUGGCUUCGCCGUCGUCAUGUACGAGUUGUUUCGAAUGGAGCUCACAAUCGUUCGGCUUCUGGCCCCCUGCAAAGGCAUUGGUAACGCACAGACGAAGCAAGCAAUUCGCCGAUAUGCCCUCAGCGUGUCCCGCGGCCUGCGGGAGCCCAUCCCCCAGCACUGGCCGCCUGCGAUUCGGAACCUGAUCCGCCAGUCCUGGUGCCAGGACCCCAAAAAGAGACCUUCCAUUCAGGUCGUGCUGGGGAGGCUGACAGAGAUUGCUGCCUCAGGGGUGGUGGAGAAGAUGGAUGAGUACAUAGACAGACAUGCUGAAGACCAGGACUCUCCCACUUGUGGCUGUUGCACUGUCAGCUGA